AAAAAAAAAGGAGAAAUGCUUUCUGGCUCUUUUCUCCACCUCAGUCUUGGCAGCAGCGGCUGCAGCAGCAACAGCAGCAGCAGCGGCAGGCAGCAGGCGGCUGGCGGGCCGCAGGGGGUGAGGCACGCGGGGAAGGGGCAGGGGCCUGAGGCGCAGCUCGAAUGGGACAGGGCCCCCAGCGCUGGACAGAUGCAGCGCCCAACUUGAUGCCACCCUCCAGCUUCUCCGGACUGAAGAGGGAAUGGAUGCGGCCACAGCUCCAAAGCCAGCCUGGCCCCCAUGGCCCCCGCUCCUUUUCCUCCUCCUCCUGCCUGGAGGGAGCGGUGGCAGCUGCCCUGCUGUGUGCGACUGCACCUCCCAGCCCCAGGCUGUGCUCUGUGGCCACAGGCAACUGGAGGCUGUACCUGGCGGACUCCCACGGGACACUGAGCUCCUGGACCUGAGUGGGAACCGCCUGUGGGGGCUCCAGCGGGGAAUGCUCUCCCGCCUGAGCCUGCUCCAGGAACUGGACCUCAGCUACAACCAGCUUUCCACCCUUGAGCCUGGGGCCUUCCAUGGCCUGCAGAGCCUACUCACCCUGAGGCUGCAGGGCAAUCGGCUCAGAAUCAUGGGGCCUGGGGUCUUCUCAGGCCUCUCUGCCCUGACCCUGCUGGACCUCCGCCUCAACCAAAUCGUCCUCUUCCUAGAUGGAGCUUUUGGGGAGCUAGGCAGCCUCCAGCAGCUGGAGGUUGGGGACAACCACCUGGUAUUUGUGGCUCCGGGGGCCUUUGCAGGGCUGGCGAAGCUGAGCACCCUCACCCUGGAGCGCUGCAACCUCAGCACAGUGCCCGGCCCAGCCCUCGCCCGUCUCCCGGCACUAGUUGCCCUAAGGCUUCGAGAACUGGACAUUGGGAGGCUGCCAGCUGGGGCACUGAGGGGACUGGGGCAGCUCAAGGAGCUGGAGAUCCACCACUGGCCGUCUCUGGAGGCUCUGGACCCUGGGAGCUUAGUUGGGCUCAAUCUCAGCAGCCUGGCCAUCACCCGCUGCAAUCUGAGCUCGGUGCCUUUCCAAGCACUGCACCACCUGAGCUUCCUCAGGGUCCUGGAUCUGUCUCAGAAUCCCAUCUCAGCCAUCCCAGCCCGCAGGCUCAGUCCCCUCGUGCGGCUCCAGGAGCUACGCCUGUCAGGGGCGUGCCUCACCUCCAUUGCCGCCCACGCCUUCCACGGCUUGACGGCCUUCCACCUCCUGGAUGUGGCAGAUAACGCCCUUCAGACACUAGAGGAAACAGCCUUCCCUUCUCCAGACAAACUGGUCACCCUGAGGCUGUCUGGCAACCCCCUGACCUGUGACUGCCGCCUCCUCUGGCUGCUCCGGCUCCGCCGCCGCCUGGACUUUGGCACGUCCCCCCCUGCCUGUGCUGGCCCGCAGCAUGUCCAAGGGAAGAGCCUGAGGGAUUUUUCGGACAUCCUGCCUCCGGGGCACUUCACCUGCAAACCAGCCCUGAUCCGAAAGUCGGGGCCUCGAUGGGUCAUUGCAGAGGAGGGUGGGCAUGCGGUUUUCUCCUGCUCUGGAGAUGGAGACCCAGCCCCCACUGUCUCCUGGAUGAGGCCUCACGGGGCUUGGCUGGGCAGGGCUGGGAGAGUAAGGGUCCUAGAGGAUGGGACACUGGAGAUCCGCUCAGUGCAGCUACGGGACAGGGGGCCCUAUGUCUGUGUGGUCAGCAAUGUCGCUGGGAACGACUCUCUGAGGACCUGGCUGGAAGUCAUCCAGGUGGAACCAGCAAACGGCUCGCUCUCCGACCCCAACAUCACCGUGCCAGGAAUCCCGGGGCCUUUUUUUCUGGAUAGCAGAGGUGUGGCCAUGGUGCUAGCAGUUGGCUUCCUCCCCUUCCUCACCUCAGUGACCCUCUGCUUUGGCCUGAUUGCCCUUUGGAGCAAGGGCAAGGGCCGGGUCAAACAUCACGUGACCUUUGACUUUGUGGCACCUCGGCCCUCUGGGGAUAAAAACUCGGGGGGUAACCGGCUCACUGCCAAGCUCUUCUGACCCUUCCUUCCCAUGUGGGGAACCCACCCAGCCCGCUUCAGAUACCAAAGGGAUUGACAGAACCAAGACCACUUGGACCAGAACCGGAUCCAGAGCAUCACCGCCCUCCCGCCUGCGUUCUGCCGGUAAUUAGCAAUGCCUCCUGCUAGAGAUCUGCUUCCUGAGCCUUUCCGGUCUGAGGACAGCAUUGUCAUUUCUUCACUGAGGGUCCCAGGGAGCUACAGACGCAGACCCCAUCGUUACUCCAGCCCUCCCUUCGUCCCCCUUCGCGCACAAUACAGGAAACAGAACCAAAGCUCUAGUCUGCUCGUCUAACCACUUGGCUUUCUUCACACACGCUUAUAUCCUUUAAUAACCAACACCAAGCGCCGGCCACAGCUCUCAGAUUAUUUCAGAGGUGGGGCUGGGAAGUGCCACUUGCUCCUUGGAGUCUCUGUUUGUCAGCCAGGCAGAGUCCCUUUCUUUUCUGCUCCCCACCCCAAACCUGCCCCUAGGUGCAGGAAUAAAGAGGCAAGGAGCCCCAGGCUACAGAGAGGAGGCUGGGGACAGACUGUGGGAUGGGGAGGACAGGCCACGCACUGCACUGAGUCUGCAGGAGCCUCCACCACCUUCCUCUGUCUCCCAGAUCAUUAAACCUGCUGCCAAAGGGCCACAACAGUAGCUGCCAAAACUAA